UGGACAUCGUAUUCUCACUAUGUGUCAUAGGCGGAUUAUCGAAAUCGGAUGGAGUGGUUCAAGGGCGAAGUCUCGGACGCAAUUAAAUCCGUGAAAGAAGAGUCCAAAUUACUACUAGUUUUUAUUAAAGGGACUGACGAGGACUCUAGCUUUGUCUCCACCCAGUUCGACGACCAGGUUGGGGAAGUUUGUUGUAAUGUUGUGUGCCUUCAGUUAGAAGCUUCUUCUCAUGCUGCUGUUCAGUUUUCAGCAGUUUAUGCAGUCCUUACUGUUCCUUGUAUUUACCUCAUUGGUUCCACUGGGCAAGUAAUAGAUAUAAAGCUUGGUCGUAUUGAGAGUAAAAGUUUAGUGGACUGGAUAAAAAAGUCAGGAUUUGGACCAGUUAAUAACGUGAACUCAACUACUGCAAGCAAUAUAUCCGAGAAUGAGCUGCAUGAUGACACCGAACAGGCUUUUAGAUCAGAUAUGAUAGAGCCAUCAGUGUCAUCUAUGUCGGAGACUCAAAUUAGAAGUUGUGAACGACCUUUGGAAGAACGAAUAGAACGCGCUUAUCAACUAAUUCAGACUCAAAUACAACGCAAAGAAGAGGAAAUUAGUAAAAAGUCUGUUGAAGCCGAGAUUAAACGCCGAGAAGUAGGAAAAGCCAUGAAUGAGUUUAAGGAACGUCAAAAGCAAAAGGAAAUUGAUGAAAUUCUAGCUGAACGUCGUAAAGACGAGGCGGAAUCACGCAGACGACUGGAACAGUUGCGUCAACAGAUCGAAGAGGAUCGUAAAGCAAGGGAAGAAAAAUGGUCACGAAUGUAUGGUUCGCAAUCUAAAAUAUCUAGUAAUUCAGUUCAUCCUCCACAAGAAUUUCUUAAAAGUUCAUCUUACUCAGAUGAGGUUCGGUUACAGUUAAAAUCAUUAGAAGGUGGUCGUGUAAUUCAUCGAUUCCCCUCUACGGCGACUAUUUACGAUGUACGAAAUUGGCUUCAAGAGUUAGUGUCCUGUGAUUUCCAAAUGGUGGAUAACUCUCAAGUUUUAAGUGAAACUGACCGUAUUAACUUUAAAAAUUUAGUCUUGCAAGGAUUUCGGUUUCUGCAGUUAUAUCCUAAAAGGAUCUUGGGACCAGAAGACGAAUCUCAGUCAUUAAGAGAACUUGGUUAUUAUCCAUCAGCUGCAUUGUUUCUUGUAUUAAACAAAUCUAAUCAAGCUAUCACGCGUUCAAAUGAUGGAAUCGUGUCCCAGUUUUACAAUAUUAUCAGUUCAGGCUUCAGCACUACUUAUGGUUUAAUUGGUUGGGCAGUAAGUGGAUUAUAUUCGUUGGGACAGAGUCUUGUAUCCAGUCUGACAGGUUCUCGCACUCCGCAAUCUAAUAGUAAUCCUCCUGGAAAUACUGUACCUCCAAGUGGUUCAAAACAAAAUCGUUCUGUAAGACGUCAAGGUAAUGUUGCUCGUCUUUCGCACAUGCCUGAUAGUUCGGAUGAUGAACAAGCCCGAUGGAAUGGAAAUUCCACAGAACAACUGUGAUACAUACUACUGUUAAGCUGCUAUUAAAUGUCUUGUCUUUCCUUACUUUGAAUUGUAUAUUCAGUUAACACACUCCUAUUGUAACUGCAAAAAGCAUAGAAUAAAUAAUAUCGUUCUAGAUGAACGAAAUAUGAAAGACAGUUUUAAAUUAACUCAUUCACAAAUGUUUUCUAUCUCAUAACAUACCCUUAUAUAUUUAAUAUGGUUUCUUGAAAAAACUGGAAGCGCUAUAUCGUGUUAUUUAAUUUAUAAAGUCCAGUAAUUGAUUUUUAUCAAGGCGCACAGAAAGUGUAUAUGAUCUUGUUUAGUUUUGUUGGUUAAAAGUGUUUUUAUUUACUAAACAUUUUCGUAUUUCAAAAAUAAUCUCAUAAAUACACCUAAUAACAGUAAAAACUUGUUGGUUACAUGUUGUACUUCAUACCGGACAUAUACUUAUCUUUGUUAGAUAUACUCACGAUAUGGAGCUACAGUCAAUAUUUUUUACUUUCAUUUGUAUCUUCAAUCUAACCUUGUUACUCGUCUGAAUGUUCUCGAGCCGGUACCAGUUUUUCGGAUACUUUAAAGUUUUAAUUUUAUUCACGUUUAUUGUACCACUUAUUAUAGUCAUAGGAGUAGAUCUAACAAAUUGUGCUACUAUUGAAGAGAUUACGAAUCAUCAAAAAUCGGAAAGCGGAACGAAAGUCAGCAACACAGCGAUAGGACAAGCUAAGCUAUUCUAGUGCGCCCCAGCUUUGUUAACUAAAGGAAGAAGACCAGAUUCAGCCGAAGGAAAUGUAUAUGCCACAAGCAGUCGGAAGUACGAACGAACAAACACACAACCCAUGCAUAUAUAUGUAUAGUAUAAAAAUGUUCUCGAAAAACGUCACAAAAUCGCGUAUUAAAAGGGGAAACGAGCAAAUGCCACUUAAGGUCAUUGCAAGUGGGAAAUACAAACUGAAGGUGAAAGAGGGCGCGAAAAUGGGAAAUUCAAAUUCCGAAAUUAAAACUACAAAAACGUGACUUUUGCCAAGUGAUUUCUGGGAAUCUAGUAUCUCCAACACUUUCAAUAUUGAUUGAGCCUCACUGACCGGUUAACUGUUCUAUGUUCAAAUAUUUGAUUUUGUAAAAAUCCGACGAUAUUGCGUAAACUAUCCAUUGUAAUCAGUGGAUUAUAAGUAGUUCAGUAAAUGUAAAUAUUUGUACCUUCUUGAUGGUGAUUGUUGCAGUUCUCCAAGU